UGCUAUAGUCGCCGCAGCGGCUGCCCCUUUGUCACCAUUCCCCAGGAAAGCGACGCCUUGUACUGCGGGCCGGGAACGGCAGCAGGUCCGGGAGCAGCAGGGGCAGCCGCCUGGCCCAGACAAACACAAGGCUCCCUCCUCCUGCUGCUGGGGACACGUCAUGGGGAAUAAAUAAAUAAAUAAAUCCACUCACCCAGUGGCAGUGAGAGGAGCCCGGCGCCGGCGGCGGCGGGAUUAGAUCCAGCCCACCCAGCCCAAGCUAGAGACCAGCCUAGCUUGAAAACAGACAAAGUCUGACAAUGCCGCCAGCAACAACAGCACCACAAUACGCACCCCCAGAUGGAGGAUGGGGCUGGGUUGUGGUCUUUGGGGCUUUUAUCUCCAUUGGAUUUUCCUAUGCAUUCCCAAAAGCCAUCACAGUGUUCUUCAAGGAAAUUCAGGAGAUCUUCCACACAUCAUAUAGUGAAAUAGCUUGGAUAUCAUCGAUUAUGUUGGCUGUUAUGUAUGCAGGAGGUCCCAUAAGCAGUGUCUUGGUGAACAAAUAUGGUUGCCGGCCAGUGAUGAUGGCAGGAGGUGUAUUGUGUUCAUUUGGAAUGAUUGCUUCCUCUUUCUGCAAUAGUGUCCUGGAGCUUUACAUAUGUGUAGGAAUUGUUGGAGGUCUUGGCUUAGCCUUCAACUUGCAGCCUGCCUUGACUAUGAUUGGCAAGUAUUUCUAUAAGAAGCGGCCCAUUGCUAAUGGACUGGCCAUGGCUGGAAGUCCAGUGUUUCUAAGCACACUGGCACCUCUCAAUCAAUUCCUCUUUAAUGCAUUUGGAUGGAAAGGAAGUUUUCUCAUUCUGGGAGGACUUCUUUUGAACUGCUGUGUGGCUGGGUCACUUAUGAGACCUGUUGGACCAAAACCAGUCCCUCCUGUGAAAAAAGAUGUCGAGAAGGGAGCAGGAGAUUCAGCCUUACACAUGAAUAACAAGAAGAAGUCAUUCUGGCAAACUGUGAAUAAAUACUUAGAUCUGUCCCUCUUUAAACACAGAGGGUUUCUGGUUUAUUUGUCAGGAAAUGUUAUUAUGUUUGUUGGCUUCUUUGCCCCAAUAGUAUUCUUGGCUCCUUAUGCCAAACACAAGGGAAUUGAUGAAUAUUCUGCUGCUUUUUUGCUCUCUAUUCUAGCUUUUGUAGACAUGUUUGCUAGGCCUUCAAUGGGACUUGUAGCAAACUCCAAAUACAUCCGGCCAAAAAUCCAGUACUUCUUUAGUUUUGCUGUCUUGUACAAUGGCAUCUGUCAUAUCAUGUGCCCACUGGCAGAGGACUAUACAGGCCUGGUGGUAUAUGCUGUACUUUUUGGAUUUGCUUUUGGAAUGGUUAGCAGUAUCCUUUUUGAGUCGUUGAUGGAUCUCGUUGGUGCAGCCAGGUUUUCCAGUGCUGUGGGACUUGUCACAAUUGUGGAGUGCUGCCCUGUUCUCCUAGGCCCCCCUCUAGGAGGUUGGUUAGUGGAUAUAACUGGAGAAUAUAAAUACAUGUACAUUGUCUGUGGAUCGAUUGUGAUUGUGGCAAGUAUUUGGUUGUUCAUCGGCAAUGCCAUCAACUACAGGCUUUUGGCAAAAGAGAAGAAGUUAGAAGAAGAAAAACAGAAAGCAUUAAAGAAUGCUGAUCCCAAGGAAGCAGAACCUUUGACCAACAAUGAGAAUGAGGAGGCUGCCAACAGGGCUGACAAAGUACUCAAUGAUUCUUCAGAAAGGGAAACUAAUAUUUAAUAUGAAAUAUGGCUCAGACGUCAAUGUUUUUUACUUCCAUUACAAGUAUUUUGUCAAGUUACAGGCCAGGUUUUGUAGUAAUAAUGAUCAGUCACAAUAUUGGAUGAGAACAGACAUUUGCCAAAGCCAAGAUUCCAGACAAAUUAUCAUCGACUGUUUAUUUGUUUGUUUAUUUUAGUUAUGAGAAUUUUAGAUUUCAGAGACAGCGACUCCAUGCGCAUGAGUCCAUUCCAACUGUAACUAUGGACAGUACGGGUCAGGUAGAGUUAAACUUUAAGGUCCUCCAUGACAAAUUAUCUUGUUCCAAAAUAACUUCUAAUGCAACAGUAUCUGUUUAGUCUUGUUACAGAAGCCAUCUGUCUUAACCCUCUGGCCUGCCUGUUGACUUCUACCCGCCACCAUAUUUUGGCCUCUAGUAUUAAAGAAGGAUAUCAGAUUAUGGGUCAAGAGCCGAAAAGGAAGACAAAAUACUGAAAUGACCUGAGUAAAGUGCAUAAGAAACUGCCUGCCCAUUUUAUAAUGUAUGCCCACUAGAUCAAAAGGAUGUAUUUAUACAUAUAACUACAAUGUGGGUGUAAAAGAUAAGGUUAGAAGAUAAAAAAGGUAGAUUUUUUUAUUGCUAAAAUGCAAUAAAUGUUUCAUUAUAAUAAAUACAAGUGUUUGUUUUGUCCAGUGAUAGCUAGCUACAUAUUUAAACAUCUAAUUUUGAACUAUGAGAACACUCAGGCUGCAUUAAUCCAAAUUAGCUUAAAAAGCUGUUUGUAUUAAAAAAAAUAAAGAUGAACAUGUCAGUGGUACAUAGGUUGUAAGGGUAGUUACCAUUUCAUUCAACAGAUACCUAGACUUAAAUUAACAAGAGGGACUAACUGGUUCAGGGGAUUGGAAUGGUUCAGCUUUUUAUCUCUAGCGACCUAAUCCAAUACCCAGGGAAGUCAAAGUGAGUCUUUCCAUUAAUUUCAGUGGGCUUUGGUUCAAUCAGUAAUUAGUUCAAAUCACAGCCAUAUGUUUAUUCACAGAAGGUCAUUAUCCUUUGAUAGCCUAUGUGAAAGGAAUUUUAAGAUUUAACCUCGGGUCCUUGUGCACAGAUAACCUCAUUACAAUUCCCAUCUACCCACCCGGCACAUUAAGCAUAAACUAACUCCUUUGUUGAGUGUAUGAGCAGAAAGGCCAAAAACUGAACUCUCUGUAAAACAAUUGAGACAUGUUGGCAGUGCAGGGUGGGAGACCUGGCAUUGCCGCUGCCUGUGGUACAUUUUUUUUUAUUGGAUUUUGGUCUUGUACCUACAGUAUUUCAUAAAUACUCAUAUUCAAUUUCAAUUGAAAACAUUAAAAAAAAAUUUCUUAAAGGAGGACAAAAUACAAACAAAUACUAAACGGUAUUUGCCUAUGAUUACUCUUGAAAGCUAAUACUAAAAGCUAAUUCCAGGCUUGCAGAAGUUUCAAAGUGAUGCUGUGUUAAAUGAAAAUAUUUCUGUUUUAUUUAGGUGAGUAAGGGAAGCUGCUAUUCAUAAAUGUUGAAGGGAGGCACCUAUGUAUAAAUGCAUCUGAAAUUGUGAAAAUUAAGGGUCUGAUUCAUGCAACAUUUAUGAACGGGUUAUGCACCACUCACACAUGAUUCAGGAAAACAUACUAUUGUGCAGUUAAUUUGACCCUCCGCCCUUCUUUUAACCUCUGAAAGGUGUGACCAUAUUAAAUAUACUGGUAAACUAAGCAGAAGGUGAAAUCUCAAUUUCUCAGAUAAAAUAAAGAAAGAAAUCUGUGAAAAAUUGGGCAGAUGUGUGUGCAUUUAAGGUAGAUUUGCCCCAGGACUCAUAUUCAUGUUGAUUAUUUACAUCAGGUUUUUGUUUUUCUUUUGACGUGCUAUUAUAUUUAAUGUACAAUGAAUUGCCAUAGCGGAUGCAACACUUUGUCGUUCCCUUUAAGACUCAGCGUUGUUUUCAGUAAUAUACUGAAUCCACUUCCAAUGCUGUACAGAAAUGUAAAUUGACAUUUACCAAUGCUCUUGCAGCAAAACAGGACUAUUUUGAGAAAAAUCUGGUGAUUUUAUAGGAAUCUCAGCUGUGUCUAAUGCACAAUACAAGCAAAUCUUGCAGAGAAAAUACCUAUUGUUACUCACUUUGGACUGGAUUGAAAGUAGGCUCAGAAUUGUUUAAUGGGUAGGGAUAGCUCAGUGUUUUGAGCAUUGGCCUACUAAACCCAGGGUUGUGAGUUCAAUCCUUGAGAGGGGCACUUAGGGAAUCUGGGGAAAAAUCAGUACUUGGUCCUGCUAGUGAAGGCAGGGGGCUGAAUUCCAUGAUCUUUCAGGGGCCCUUCCAGCUCUAUGAGAUAGGUAUAUUUAUUAUUAUAGUUGUGUCACCACAGGGCUUGAUCACAGUUCCUGCCCUGCCUUGCCUUGCUUCAUGGAGAACAAAACAUUGAAAUAAGUAUAACUGUGCCUAGGGGCCACAUUGUGGCAUCCUUACUUAUGCUAAGAAGUACCUUACUCCUUAAGCAGUACCAUCAGCAACUUUCUGUAGUAUUCUCCAUUUCUUUUGGGGGCCCUAAUUCUGGGAAAUGCUAAGUAACUCCCUCUUUAUUUAUGGAAGUGAAGGGUGCUUAGUAUAGUAUCUCAGACAGCUCUCAGCACCUUGCUGGAUGAGGCCCUUCGAUUCUAUGAUUAGUGACAAAUGGGCCAUUUGUCAUUUUCCUUAUUACUAUUUUCUCCCUCCAUUUCCUUACAAAGCUACUAACCAAAGUCCUAAGGUGUAAUCUAUAGGAAAAAGGUGUUUUUCAUCUUUAUGAAUGGCAAACUCUCAGUAUUGGCAGCAAAUAGACAAGCCCUUUGCUUGAUGAAACUGACUCCUGCAGCACUGGACAAUAGUUCGCAGAAUAAAUAGGUGGGAAUUGCUCUCUUAUAGUAGUUAUGUUAGUGCUGACCUCAGCCUCUUUUUGUCUGAUAUCAGCCAUAGUGUUUGUGCCCCUCGGUGCAUGCCAGUUUGGGUCUCAUCUUCUUCUUGCUUAUACCGGGUUAAUAUAAGAAUAACACCACUGAAAUUUUAAAGUAGUGUGAGAAUCAGACCCACUGCUCUAUGCAGUGCUGUUUCUCCCAUGCUACUAUAUGGCUAUAUUUUUAGAUAGCUUCUUAGAACAUAUCUUCAUAUGCAGUUAAUUUCCUUUUAUUUUUGUGACCUCCCUCCCUCUGUACUGUCAUUUUUAACUACAAAGAAAGACUUCACACCAAUGAGUCAGGUUAGUGCUUUUUUUUUCAAGCUUUUAAUGCAUGUAGAUGCACAUGAACCCUCUCAUCUCCUCCUCACUGAACUGUUUGUAACGGUCUCCACUUCUGGAUUAUCUCCAAACUCACAGAAAGACCUUCUGAUAUUACACCUUCUGGCAUAAGAAGUCACAUACCAGAGCCCUCCUCAUACAGAGCAUGAACUGUGAACUAUCCUGGUUGAGUUCAGCAAGGUCUUAUUUUUCCCAAUCAGCCAACUUUUCCCUUGUCAUUAUUUUAAACACUGCUCUCAUUUAGAGGGUGAAAUCCUGGCAGUGUAGAAGUCAAUGACAAAACUCCCAUUGAUUUCAAUAGGGCCAGAUUUCAUAUCAAGUUUCUUCCUUUUAUGACUCUGGUAUACCUGCCAAAUUUUCAGUGUGGAUAAGAGAGAUUUGUCUCACUGUUAACAUAAUGGGCCAACCCUUGCUCCCAAUGAUGAUGUCAAUGGCAGUUGUACAAUUGACUUUAGUGGGAGCUGGUCAGUUCCAAAUGGUUCAUGUACAAUGUUGCAUGGUGAAUUAAUGAGGCAACAAAACAUGGGACAUUGAAUCAAGGUGUUACACACGUGAUAGUGUGUGUUGAAAAUACUAUUACAGCAGUUUUUAAAAGGCUGAAAAGUAGGGUGUUUUCAAGUUUUGUUGCAAGUGCUCUGCAAAAUCAGAGAUGCACUUCAUCAGGUGGAAGAUGGAAGAUUAGGACUCUCUUAGCCAUACUGGAAUGGGUUAGCAAUAUGUCCUUGUAAGAAACCAUACAGUGCUUUAGGUCGGCUCACUAGAUGCUUCCUUCAUAUUACCAGGUCAGACAGCAACAAGAAGGGCACAAUCUUUUCCUCUUGUUUCCUUUGAGAUUCUUUUACAAGUUUCUAUCAUAUAGAAGGGAUGGGGAAAACAUUGCAAAUACAAAUGUGUGUGACAGUGUAACAAGAUGGUCAGUAUGUGUAAUACCUGUCAUCCCUUUCACUCUCUCACCCAUUGUCAUGGCUGCUCAUUAGUUUCUGCAGUGACUUCAUCUUGACUUUGAGCAGUACUUUUUCUCUGUUACCAUAUCACCUCUCUUUAUUGCAUUGAGACCAGGGCCGGCUCUAGCAUUUUUGCCACCCCAAGCAGUGCAAAAAAAAAAGAGCUGCAAUCGCGAUCGGCGGCAGCUCUAGCGCCGCUUCAUUCUACGGCAGCAAUUUGGCGGCAGGUCCUUCGCUCUUAGAGGGAAUGACGGCCCCGCCACCGAAUUGCUGCUGAACUGCCGGACGUGCCGCCCCCCUCUUCGUUGGCCAUCCCAGGCAUCUGCUUACUACAUUGGUGUCUGGAGCCAGCCCUGGUUGAGACUGCUGCUAGUAUUGACUCAGAAGACAUGGUCCUCCCCACACCAUGGAGAAAUAGGAGCCUAAUUAUGCAGUCAGUCUAUGUGCAGAACAGGUCUAAAGAUUACAGAUAAUGGUUCUCUCUUGUUCUUUGGCCUUUACAGAAGAAACAUUGAGGUUUAGUAGUUUUAUUGUCUUUAUUUCCCUUCAGCUACACAUAUCACAUCAUUUAUUUUCAUCCUCUCCUUUCCCCCUCUCAUUCUGUUGUUUUCUCUCUACAUUGAUGUAUCACAAUAGAAGUAGUAUCUGGUAUAUUGUGGCUUUUGUUAGGCAUUUAAAUAAAAAAGCAGAAGAAAACACUUAUGUGACUUCUCUUUCCACACUUUCCCUGUGGGGGCUGUGACUUCAGGAGACUGAGGUAAGUAAUGUUUAGAUCAUAUAUAACAAACCAUAUAAGCCAUCAGUUCUGUCUCUGACAUGAUGCAUACCUGAGGGUUUCAGUAAGCAAAACCAGUGAGUUAUUUUUAGACUACCUUGCUGUAAACUAGGCUAACAUUUUUGCCUAGUACAAAAAUGGAAUUAAGGCACAUUUUGCUAAUUUCUCAAUAGAUAACUAUUUUUCUACUCAUAUACAGGUAUAUAAAGGGAGCUUUUAUUGGUUAUUAGCAUUUCAAUUUUAAUAAAUGUGCUCUCUAUAUAGUCUUUAUUUUUACUCUUUUGAUAUUAGCGUAUGCCUCUUCUUUGCAUUAAAAAGGUAGACUAUAUUUUUCAGCAUAAAUUGCAUAUUCUUAUUUUGCAAAACGUUCUUUUCCGAUCAUCUACCUCUCAAUUAUAGUUUAGAGAAGCACAUGGCCCCAGGAAAAAGUUAGCAAAUGUAUAACAAAACCUAUAAAAUUAAUUAGAAAGCCUCCCAAAUAUUUUAAAAGUCAGUCAUUGUAAUAUUUUUAUUUUAUUAUUAUUUUAAACAAACACUGCAAGUUUAGGGCCAGAUUCUCAGAAAUCUGUCAAGUAUCAGGGGGUAGCCGUGUUAGUCUGUAUCUACAAAAACAACAAGGAGUCUGGUGGCACCUUAAAGACUAACAGAUUUAU